AUGGCUCUUAAGGCGGUUCAUGUCUCCGACGUCCCUAACCUCGAUCAGGUGCCAGAAAGUGCCUCUUUGUACUCCACCCGCUUCUCCAAAGGUGUGGAACUUGGCCGGAUGACAUCAAGAAUACCCAAGUUGUUGGUGAUCGGACACAGAGGGUUUGGAAUGAACGCUUCACGUUCAGAUGAUCGGAGAAUGAAAGCAAUCAAGGAAAACUCCAUCAUGUCGUUUAACACUGCUGCCAAAUACCCUCUUGAUUUCGUCGAGUUUGAUGUUCAGGUCACCAAAGAUGGCUUCCCCGUGAUUUUCCACGACGACUUCAUCCUCACCGAAGAUCAGGGUACUGUGUCGGAGAAGAGAGUAACUGAACUGCAUUUGGCGAAGUUUCUAGAUUAUGGUCCACAAAGAGAGGCAAGAAAGGAAGGAAAGCCUUUGUUGAGGAAAACCAAGGAUGGUCAGAUUUUAAGAUGGGAUGUUGAAGAUGAUGACUCCCUCUGUACCCUCCAAGAAGCCUUUGAGAAAGUUGAACCUUCUGUUGGCUUCAACAUCGAGAUUAAAUUCGACGACCACAUCGUUUACAAGGAGGACGACAUCAUCAGCGUCCUCCGAUCGAUCCUGCAAGUCGUGUUCGAGUGCGGCAAAGAUAGGCCUAUCGUAUUCUCGACAUUCCAGCCUGAUGCAGCGCUCCUUGUUAAGAAGUUUCAGAAAACCUACCCUAUCUUUUUCUUGACAGAUGCUGGGAAUGAGAUUUACGAUGACGUGAGGAGGAAUUCUUUGGAUGAAGCAAUGAAGUUGUGCUUGGAGGGUGGUUUGGAUGGUAUAGUGUCGGAGGUGAAAGGUGUAUUCAGAAAUCCUGAGGUGGUGACCAAGAUCAAGGAGUCCAAGCUUUCACUUCUAACCUAUGGCAAACUAAACAAUGUUGCGGAAGCAGUAUACUUGCAAAACCUAAUGGGAAUUCAGGGAGUGAUUGUGGAUUUUGUAGAAGAGAUCACGGAGGUAGUCUGUGAUAUGAUUAAGCCAUCGGCAGCCUUGGAAGAAGACCGGGAUGAUUUGGUGGAAUUGAAAACAAAGCCACUUCUCUCGCAGAGGGAGCUUUCCUUUUUGUUGAAGCUCAUUCCAGAAUUGAUACAACUCUGA